AUGGCCAACCAAGAGCCCAUCGCAAUUGUAGGCAUUGGCUGCCGGUUCCCAGGAAAUGGAAAUACUCCAUCUGCACUCUGGGACGUUCUGCGCGAACCACGGGAUCUCCUGACUCCCAUUCCCGAAGACAGGUUCAGUGUCGAAGGCCACUACCACGAAGACAACAAGGUUGGCGGUCACUCCAAUGUCAAGUCAUCAUAUUUUCUGGAAGGCAAGGGCUUUCAUCGCAAAUUCGAUGCCAAAUUCUUCGGCAUCAGCCCGGUUGAGGCCCAUGCCCUUGAUCCCCAAGUACGCCUGCUGCUAGAGACAGUCUAUGAAGCUAUGGAGGACAGUGGACACUCAAUUGACCAGCUCCAUGGUUCAGAUACCGCCGUACAUUCUGGGGUUCUGAUGCAUGACUACGAAAUCAUCAUGGGUCGCGACUCUCUCUUCUCGAGUAGAUACCAUUCCACGGGUAUUACUCUGUCUCUUAUCGCCAACCGAGUAUCCUACUUCUUCAACUGGCAUGGACCUUCUAUGAUGCUUGAUACAGCUUGCAGUUCCAGCUUGUACGCGGUGCAUCUCGCCAUCCAGCAGCUACGCUCAGGGGGCUCUAAGCUUGCUGUAGCUACGGGCUGUAACCUGUUGCUAGACCCGCUGCCCUAUGUCUCCCAAAGCAAAAUGGGUAUGCUGAGUCCGACCGGCAGGUCACGCAUGUGGGAUUCAGGUGCAAAUGGUUAUGCCCGAGGAGAGGGAGUGGCGGCUAUCAUUCUUAAGCCACUGAGCCGUGCUCAGGUAGACGGUGAUCCCAUCCACGCCAUCAUUCGCGAAACAGGGCUCAACCAAGAUGGCAGGACGCCCGGUAUCACAGUUCCGAGUGCAAAGGCUCAGAUGGCCCUAAUGCGCGACUGUUAUGCUCGUGCUGGCCUCGAUCUCAACAACCAAUACGAUCGGCCUCAGUAUUUCGAGGCUCAUGGAACUGGAACACCGACAGGAGAUCCAAUUGAAGCAGAAGCAAUCAGCACAACCUUCUUCGGUAAUGCAGAAAAUGAAGCCUUUAGUCCCCUUCAUGUAGGAGGUGUGAAGACAGUCAUUGGCCAUACCGAAGGGACUGCCGGUCUAGCUAGCAUUAUCAAAGUUGUGCUGGCAAUGAAGCACGGAAUUAUCCCUGCCAAUCUUCUGUUCGAGCAUUUAAAUCCUCGGAUCGAACCAUUUAUUAAGAAUUUACGAGUUCCAACCGCGGCACUAAAAUGGCCAGUUUUGCCUGAGAACCAACCGCGAAGAGCGAGUGUGAAUAGCUUCGGAUUUGGAGGUGCCAAUGCCCACGCCAUCAUUGAGGGUUACACUUCUAAGCUGCCCCAGACGGAUAAUGCCACUGUCUUCUCUCCCUUCAUUUUCUCAGCAGCUUCCCAAGCUUCCUUGCUUAGCUACUUGAUAUCUUUUAAGAACUAUAUCAGUAGCCGAGGCACUGAACUGAGCAUGCGAGAUCUGGCGUUCACACUUCAUUCUAGGCGAACCAGGCACGCCUUCGCAGUCUCUUUCUCAGCCGCCUCACCAGCUGAGCUGCUCAACAAGUUGGACCAAAAGAUUGAAGAAGUACGGGCCAACCCAGAUGAUGGCCCCGGUAUCCGAAGUGCCCCUACUUCAAACGACGGCCCUCGCAUCCUCGGUAUCUUCACUGGCCAGGGUGCUCAAUGGCCGCGAAUGUGUGCCAACCUUAUAACCCACUCACCUGGUGCCAGAAGAAUCAUUGACGGAUUUGAUGCGCAUCUCGCUGCUCUGCCUCCAGCGAUGCGCCCAGAUUGGUCUAUUGCCGAGGAGCUUCUCAAGGACCAAGCAUCUUCCCGUGUUCACGACCCGGCUGUUGCCCAGACCGUCUGCGUAGCCACGCAGCUUCUCGUUACUGACAUUCUAAAGGCCACGGGAGUCAAGUUUACUGCCGUUGUGGGCCACUCAUCCGGCGAGAUUGCCGCUUCGUAUGCAGCCGGGCGCAUUUCCGCUGGUGAUGCCAUUUUGAUGUCGUGGCAUCGCGGGCUAAGUGUUAGCCAGGAGCAAGCUGAUGGCAAGCCCGGUACCAUGAUGGCGGUCGGUAGCACUCAGGAAGAUGUCCAACAGCUUCUUGAUGAGCCAGAAUUCAAAGACCGCGCUUGGAUCGCCGCUGUCAACUCAGGCUCCAGCCUCACCAUCUCUGGAGAUGCCGAUGCCAUUGAUGAGAUAUACGAUGUGCUCCGAGAUGAGAGCAAGUUUGCUAGACGCCUAAAGAUCAACAGAGCGUACCACUCGCCACACAUGAUCGGCAGCUCCAAGUAUUACACCAAGUAUCAAGAUACCAUGAGCAUCGAACCUGGUGCCCCUACUGAAUGUUCAUGGUUCUCCAGCGUUUCGGGGGAGGACAACGCCUCACUUCAAGAUGAGCUGAAGGGACCUUAUUGGGUUCGGAAUCUGCUGAACCCUGUGUUGUUUAAACAUGCUGUGGAGAAAGCUUGGAACGAAAGGGGGCCAUAUGACAUUGCCAUCGAGAUCGGGCCUCAUCCAGCGUUGAAAGGUCCGACCCUGCAAAUAAUUCAGGAUAUUGCUGGCCGGCCAAUCUCAUACACGUCUCUGCUGGAAAGAGGAUUGAACAAUCUUGAUUCCAUUGCAGAUGGGCUCGGCUACCUUUCAUGCCACGUCGGCAAAGGCGUCGUCGACCUCAAAGCUUACGACAUCUUCCUCUCGGACGAUGCCACAUUCAACGUAUUGCAAGACCUGCCCCCGUAUUCGUGGAAUCACAGUACCGAGUACUGGCACAUGUCGCGACAGACGAGUGCCAUUGCUCAUCGGCCCGACAAAGUACAUGAGUUGUUGGGCCACUUGACUCCUGAUUCCACCGAUCGGGAACAGAUAUGGAGGCAUUCCAUCUGCCCCAGAGAGUUGCCCUGGCUAUCAGGGCAUCGUGUUCAGGGCCAGAUAGUGUAUCCCGGUGCCGCGUACAUCGUCACCGUGAUAGAAGCCUGUUUGAAGCUCACUACGGACCAAUCCGUCUCGUUGAUCGAGGUGCUCGAUAUCACAAUGGGUCAAGCCCUCACUUUUGACGACGACGAGAGCCAAGUGGAAGUAAUAUUUUCACUAACUGGCAUUGAGCACCAGAACAACCCGUCUCGUAUUACGGGCAACUUCAACUGCAGCGCCGCCAAAGCUGCCAGUGAUUCCACCCUCGAUUCCCUCGCUCACGGCAAGGUUUGCAUACUAUUGGGUGCGCCAUCCCACACCGCACUGCCAGGAGGCAGCUCUCAUCCGACCAACCUUUUGAGUGUGGACUCUGAUACUUUUUAUACCGCCACCCGCGAGUUGGACUAUGACUUCUCGGGCCAUUUUAGAGGUCUAUCAGAUGUCAAGCGGAAACACGGUGUAUCGACUGGUUUCCUUCCAGGAGUCAAUGCGCCUUCGAUGCUGAUCCAUCCUGCCAUGCUAGAUGCACUGUUCCAAUCCAUCGUAGCUGCUGUAAGUGCUCCCAACGAUAGAAGAUUGAUGUCGGCACACAUUCCCAACCGCAUAGAUGCAAUCAGGGUAAAUCCUUCUCUAUGCGAGGCUCAACGCCAAAGCUCGCAGCGACCCGCCUUCGAGGCUGUGUGUGAGCUGAGCAGCAACUUGUCUUCCGUUAAGGGCCACUCGAAUCUGUUCCCUCAGGAAUCUGAUUACUCGAUGAUGGCCGUCGAAGGAGUCAAUAUGGUGGCACUCUCACGCGCGACGGCAGAGAAUGAUCGAGUCAUGUUUGCCUCAACACCACUUGAAUUGGCUUCACCGGAUAUUUCGCAGCUCAAUGUGACCCCGAAAGCAAUAAAUGAACAACUAGAGCUUGUAAAGCUACUGUUGCGAGUAGCCUGCUUCUAUCUUCGUAUGCUGGAGCAAGGCGUACCUGUUGACGACCCUUCUCGAAUCGAAGGCCCAUACACCCCCUUCUUUCAGUAUGCUUCACACACUCUGGCAUCCUUUAGAGACGGCGCGCUCUCGAUUUGGACUCCGGAUUGGGAGACGGAUACUUUUGAAACCAUCGAUAAAUUACUCGACAGCUGCCCCCGUAGACCCGACGUCCAGUUGCUUCAGGCCCUGGGGUCGAAACUUGCGGACAUUGUCAUGGGACAUGCAUCGCCCAUUGAAAUCGGAAUGGAAGACGACCAGUUGGGCAAGUACUACAAGACGGCUUUCGGCAUGCAGGAGGCACUCUCCAUUCUCUCACCAACUGUCGGCCAAAUAUUGCAUCGCCAUCCGCGUAUUCGCUGUCUCGAGGUCGGCGCGGGAACAGCCUCAGCGACACAGGCAAUCUUACGUGAACAUGGCGAUUUAUUCUCCGAAUAUACCUUUACUGAUAUAUCAUCUGGCUUUUUCCCAGCUGCUCAGGCGAACCUUGGAGAGCUUGCCGACCGGGUGCUCUUCAAGCCUCUUGACAUCAACCAAGACCCUUGUUCUCAGGGCUUCGAGCCGCACUCCUACGACAUGAUCAUUGCCUCAAUGGUACUACACGCCACUCCGUAUGUUACCAAGACGCUAGAGAAUGUGCGGCGUCUUUUGAAGCCCGGUGGCUACUUGGUCGUCCUCGAAAUUCAGAAGAACAUCCCCGCAUACAGCGUUGCCAUCUUCGGCGCAUUCACUGGCUGGUGGGUGGGCGCCGAUGAUGGACGAGCGCUAUCUCCCUGUUUGGAUGUCCCGGAAUGGAACGAGCUCCUCUGCCGGACUGGCUUUUCUGGCUGUGACACUUCUCUAUUUGACCCAAACACGAUGGUAAAUCCCGUUCUCGUCUUCGUAUCACAAGCCGUGGAUGAAAGGGUGGCUGGCCUGCGUAACCCCCUUGCCAACCCGCCCCCUCAGAAGAUCUUCUUGAAGAUAGUGAUACUUAGCAGAACGGCACCUGAGAGCUCAUCAAUUGUACAGCAGCUCACGUCUUUGCUUCUGCCGUUCUAUGCCAGCAUCUCGCACUAUGCCGAUCCAACUGAAAUCCCCCCGGAGGCCCUUGACUCGGAGACUUUGCUGCUGAGUCUUAUAGACCUUGACAAGCCCUUCUUCCAGGAUCUUUCGGAGGCUAGUUGGAUAUCAAUGAGGACCAGUUUAGAAAGAAUUGGCAGUCUUGUAUGGGUCACCAAAGGUCGCCUUUCUGCGAACCCUCAUUCCAAUCUGAUGGUUGGGCUCUUACGCUCAGCCCCGAGCGAACUUCCGCACUUGACAACGCAAUUUCUGGAUUUCGAAGACGAGGGCGAUCUGACAGCCCGCAAUUUGGCAACUACUGUUUUGCAGUUUGCCGGGGCAUCGUGGCUGAAGAAAGAAGGCACCUAUGCAGACAUAUUGCAUACAAUUGAGCCUGAGCUCAUUUUCCAGAAGGGGGGGAGGGUCAUGAUUCCGCGAAUGAAGACGGAGCAGGCCAUGAACAAUCGAUACAACGCGUCCCGCCGGGCCAUCAUAUCCAAGAUCCCAGCUGCCAGGGCCUGUAUUGGAGAGGGGCCAAUGAAGCGCGGCUACUACGUCCGUGAAGAUCGCACUUUGGAGGGUGCUAGAGAGGCCAAGGCCCCAGAAGUGAGGGUCUCGCAUUCUUUCCUGAAGCCUAUUCGGUUCAGCAGGGACGUUUCACUCUUCUUAUCAAUCGGUGAACGUAUAGAUACAAGUGAACAAGUGCUCAGCUUAUCCCUGUCGAAUGCAGCAGUUGUUCGCCCGGAAGCUUUUGUGAAGCUUGAUAGCUUUCCAACCAAUAUCAGUCCCACAAACUUGCUACGGCUGGUAUCUCUCUACCAAAUUUCUUCAUUGAUACUUGGGGACUCUGACGAGGGGACAAGAAUCUUGAUUCAUGAUGCGGACCCUGCACUCCAAGAAUCCCUGAGGGCAGAAGGGCGUAGGAGAAACGUCGAAGUCCUUUGCACCACAACUUGCGAUCAUGUAUCAGGUGAUCCCUAUCAACUUCAUCCCAAUGCUGCAGCGAGGAGUAUCCGCGCGCUACAGCCCGACUUGAUUACCAGUUUCGUUGACUUUGGAGUCGCGGGUGAGGCACAGCGUGUUUCGCAGCGAAUCCUGCACCAUCUUAAUGUUGCCUGCAGGCGAGAAACUGCCAAAUCCAUCUUUGGUGGAUUUACCAGGAAGCUCUCUAAAAGAUCGAAAGAAGCAAUUCAAAACACUCUACAAAAUGCGAUAUCUGACGCCUCCUCUUCCUUGUCGGAUACCUCGACAGAAGACGCAAACACCAUCUUGCCUAAGGAUGUGGACAACAUCGACCUUGAUAUCGCGCACCGGUAUAUCGUCGACUGGGGAACAGAGGCUGAAGUAGAGGCUCUAGUAGAGCCGGCAGAUACUUUCCCAUUAUUUUCCAAGGAGACAACAUACUGGCUUGUUGGCUUGACAGGGACAUUGGGCUGUUCACUGUGCCAAUGGAUGCUUCGCAACGGGGCACGCUAUUUUGUUCUGACAAGUCGAAAUCCCAAAAUCGAGCCAGACUGGCUAAAGACAAUGGCUUCUCAACAGGCUAUUAUCAAAAUUACUUCAUGUGAUAUCACUAUCAUGCAAGACCUGGAGAAGACGUAUGACGACAUAUGCUCGAGCAUGCCCCCUAUUAGAGGUGUAUUCCAAGGCAGCAUGGUCCUUCAUGAUAUUGGGUUGCCUAGCAUGGGCCUCGAGCAUCUACAAACCGUCUUGCUACCAAAGGUUGAGGGAAGCAUAAAUCUCAACAAGCUUUUCCAAAACAACUCACUAGACUUCUUCCUCUUCUUCUCGUCCGUGACGUCUGUAGUCGGCACGCCCGGCCAGGCAGCCUACUCCGCGGCCAAUCUGUUCAUGGCAAGCCUUGCAGAACAGCGAAGACGACGCGGCCUCCGGUCCGCUGUCCUCAACAUUGGCCCCGUCAUUGGCGCUGGCUACAUCACGCGAACGAUGCCAGACCUAGGCAACAUGCUCCUCCUCGAUCUAUACCCUCUGUGUGAGAGCGACUUUCACCUGCUCAUCGCUGAAGGAAUCGCCGCUUGCCAGUCGAAAUCAGAUCGACCAGUUGACAUCACCACGGGCGUGAAGCAAGUGCGCAGAAACGAGGGUAUUCAGCCAAACUGGGUCCAUAGCCCAAUCAUGAGCCACUGGAUCCUCAAUAAUGAAACGGCGCACGUGGAGAGUAGCAAAUCCAAAGUCUCGCUCAAGGACCAAUUGGCUGCAGCUCGAAAUGGAGAAGAAGUGUUCAGCCUGGUCAGAGGUGCUAUAUUAGGCAAGCUCUUUGCUCUACUUCGGUUGGAGACCGACGCUGGGAACUUUGACGACGGCACUUGGUUGGAUGAGCUCGGGGUCGACUCGCUGAUGGCUACGGAACUUCGAUCUUUCCUGAUGAAGGUCUUCAAUGUCAAUGUUCCAGUCCUCAGAAUAAUGGGUGGUAUCUCAUUCAAGGAGUUGGCAGCAACAGUGGUCGACGUCCUCGACCCUUCUAUGAUACCGAACGCUAAGACAAAGUCAGUUGCGGACGUUGCACAGAUAUCAACUGAUAUAGUACAGGGGCAGUCUGGAGGCUCUGAACAUUCAGCUCAAGGAAGUGAAGUUUCUAAUGGGGAGCUUGGAGAGCAGCCUUGGACUUUGGUAGAAUCAACUGAUAGGGAACACAAGCCAGAUACUGAAGCCUUAGAGUAG